AUGGAUGAUGAGGAUCAGCGGAAGCUGUACCGGGCCUUCGUGGACGAGCUCGCCAAUGACCCGCGGACGUCUUGGGCCACCAAGGCGCCGUACCUCUCGCUGCAGAUCUACAGCCACACGGGUCUGCAGAUCCCGGCGGUGAGGCCCCUGUCGCUCUACACCCCGCCUGUGACCUACACGGGCGCCAACGCCACAGCGGUGCUACUGAACCGUCGCCCGGUGCUGUUCUGGAACAGGCGGCUGCUGCUGAACUCGCUGGCAAAGAUUAACGGCAUCCCGCUGACGUUUCAGACUGUGUCGGACCUCCCAGACAAGAGCUACAGCAACUGGCUCUCCCACCGAGCAGGUCUAUACUUUCCCUACGAUUGGCUGCAGACGAUGGGGUUCUACGACUGGAUCAACAUGGGCUUGCCCACCUUUGUGCCCGACACGCCCAUGUAUACCUUCACUAUGCUGGGCACCAACGACAGGGGCUGGCUGGAGACGAUCUUCCAGCCUCCGAAGAGCCUCUACCCCUACAACUACAAGGACUGGGAGGAUCUUGAAAGUCGUGUCUACUGGUGGCACAUCACUGACUUCAAGGCGCUGGCUGGGGCUGGGGUGCAACUCUUCAGUUCCCUGCCGCAGCUCAUGGAGCUCCUUCAGGCGCCGCUGGCGCCGCUCAGCGCGGAGAUGCGACGGGAGCAGCUGCGACGCACCUAUCGCACAGUCCUUGGCAUGCACCGGAACCUCAUCAGCGCCGCAUGGAGUCACAAGGAGUGGGAUGCCGGCCUCAUUGAGCACGCGAAGGUGCUGGCCCUUUUCAACGACUACCUCACGAAGGCGUUUCGCCAGCUGGAUCCCUCCAUCUGGCGAUGGAUCGCCUACGAGGACCUCUGCGGGGCCUGGAGUGCGGGGCACUUUGAGGAAGUGGGCCAGGAGUUGGGCAGCUUCUUAGGGCUGCCGAGCUCGGCCUUGUCCAGGGCCUUCCGGCACUUCAAGCCGAGCCAGAAGGACGCCGCGAAGGAGAUGUCCGGGGCGAAUCUGCGGACGCUCCGCGAGCUCGAGCGCUGCAAAGGCGGCUCCUGGUUCCCAGAGCUCUUCGGACAGCAGCAGCUGCUGAAGGGGCUUGCCAAUGGCGUGCCCAAAGCCAUUCCCGCCGUGAGAGACGAGGAACCCGAGGAGGAGGAGGCCUUUCCGGAGAUCAGCAAGGAGAACCCCUCCUUCGUGCAGCUCUGGGACACCCUGAGCCUCACUCAACGCCAGGCCUGGCGCGAAGUGGACGCUGCCAUGCGCAGCCAGGACUCUACAAGGCUCUCGGUGGGCCUGGACCGCUUCAACCGCAUGAUCUCGGAGGACCAGCGAUUCAUAUUGCAGAAGGCGAUGCUUCGGGAGAAGGUGGGCAAACGGGUGGACUCCGCAGAUGUGGACUUCCAGGCCUUCGGCUGCCUCCACUUCUGGAUUGAGGACCGGGGCUUCGGCUCGGAGCUGAACAACCUGGUCUCCGCCGCCAUCGCCUGCGAGGAGAACGGCCUCGCCUGCGUGGUGGAGGAUGAGGUGUGGAACUCUGGGCGUUUGCACACCUACCUCCAGGCGGAGCCGCUGAUCCUGCGGCGCUGCUCGCAGGGCUGUCGGCCCUUGGAGGUGCGGAGGAACCGGCGCGUGGCCACGCCAGGCUGGUUCGCCGUUUGCAAGCACGCGAAGGGCGUGUCCUUCAAGCGGAAGUCGGAGUUUCUGCGGCGGAUUUGGCGGUACACUGGAGAGACGGCCAAAAGGAUCGAGAGGCUCAACUCGGAGCUGCGCUUGCCGGAGAAGUACAUCGCGGUGCAGAUCCGGAGGGGGGACAAGGUGGCGGGGAACCGCAAGGAGAGCCUCCAGGUCACAGGCAUGGACUUCGCCAGCGCAGCGCUGAAACACGUGACUGCGGAGUGCAACGUCAUCGCUGUGUGCACCGACGACCUCUCGGCAGCGGAGGAGCUGGGGGAGGUGAUUUUGGGCCUAAGCCGAAGCGCCGAGGCGGGGGACGAGCGGCCAAGGGCGGGACUUGCAGCCAAGGUUGCCAUGACAUUCCCAUUGGUUAUCUAG